AAACCAUGGCAAAAACGAAGUUCAUGAAUUACGCGAUCUCGAUUACUCUAUGCCUCGAGAUGAUUUUGAUUGCCACGUCGGCGCAGUUGUCGGCGAACCACUACUCUACGUCUUGCCCGAAAGCUCUUACCACCAUCAAAACAACUGUCUUGAAGACCCUUCUCAAGGACCGUCGUAUGGGAGCGUCUCUGCUUCGCCUUCAUUUCCACGAUUGCUUCGUCAAUGGGUGUGAUGCAUCAGUUCUGCUAGAUGACACUUCAAGUAUGAUAGGAGAGAAAACAGCAGCUCCGAAUAACAACUCGUUGAGGGGUUUCGAAGUGAUCGAUUCCAUUAAGUCCCAACUCGAAACCAUCUGCCCCGGAGUUGUUUCUUGCGCGGAUAUCCUAGCUGUUUCUGCCCGCGAUUCCGUUGUUGCCGUAGGUGGACCUUCAUGGGGUGUUCAGCUGGGAAGACGGGACUCGACUACAGCGAGUAUUGAUUCCGCAAACACGGAUAUUCCGUCGCCGACGCUCGAUCUGCCCGAACUUAUUUCCGCCUUCUCAAACAAAGGCUUUACACCAAAAGAAAUGGUUGCACUUUCAGGUGCUCACACAAUAGGGCAAGCGAGAUGCGUCGUGUUUCGCGAGCGCAUCUACAACAACGAAACCAACGACAACAUACCGGCCUCGUUCGCCACGUCACUCAAAUCAAACUGUCCACUCACCGGCGGCGACGACAAUCUCUCCCCGCUCGACGCCACGUCAUCUCUCUCGUUCGACACCGCGUAUUUCAAGAAUCUAGUCAGCAACAAAGGCCUACUGCACUCCGACCAGCAGCUCUUCGGCGGUGGUGGUGCUACUACUAGUACAGAUUCUCUGGUGAGCGGUUACGCAAAUAAUCCACCGGCAUUCUUCUCCGAUUUUGCAAGUGCCAUGAUCAAGAUGGGGAACCUCAGCCCACUUACAGGAACCAACGGUCAGAUCAGAAGCAACUGCAGAAAGAUUAAUUAAAUCGUAUACGAUACGAAACUAAUUAUUAAGCGUUGUUUUUCGUAAUAAAAUUAAAUAAUCCAAAUAAAUAUUGCAGGAAUCAUAAAUCAAUAGUUUGUAGUUUAUUUACUAGCUAUAAUGUGUGGAUUUUCUGUUCUUCCCUUUUGCAUGUUGAAAUAUAUCAUUUUUCAGUGAAUUCAGAAUGUUUAUUUGUGUUA